AUGUGCAGUUUCGCAGCUGUUUUGAGCAGCCCUUCUGGCCUUCGUUCUGAGGGCCAAGUGCCAAGGCGACCCCUUCACAUGCCGUGCCCUCCAGCAUUCCCGGUUCUGCUGCUGCUUGGGGUGCUGGCUUGGCUGCUGCAUCGAUGGGCGCGACGGAUCCGGCCUAAAGCGGAAGCUUGCCCGAGAAGCACCAGCGAGGUGAGUCCGGUUCACCCUUUAGCUCGGGAUUCUGAGCACGAGCUUCGCGAGCUCGUCAUCCCAGAGGUGGUUAUAGGCUGCGUCUCUGCAGAGGCGCCACGAGCUUAUGAGCACAAGUUCGGUGCCCCAAGGUCAGAGCUAUACAAGAUGGACUACAGCCCCGUCGAUGAGGAUGUUCCUUCUUUGAUCCAAGCAGCCAUAAGCGACGAACUGCAACGCCCUCAUGUGGAGCAAAGGCUUGAGCAGUUGCGAUUGCUUUGCUUCGACUUGCCCGCCUCCGGCUGGGUUCAACCUCGUGAUCCCCGUGUACUGCUGAGGUUCCUACUGGCCCGACAAUGCAAUGUGCAUCGAGCCAUGGAGAUGCUCCAGGACGUUCUAUCCUGGCGGCGGCGGCACGACGUGGCACACGCUCUGCCCCAAUGGGAGAAGGUGAAGCACGAGAGGUUCGACUCCUAUUGGAAAGCUUCAGGCUGCACAGGAGAAGACUUCCAGGGAGAUCUCGUGGUUUUUGAGAGAAUUGGGCAGUAUGACGUCCGUGGACUUGUGAGAUGCAAUCAGGCUUUCAUCCAGGAGCACUGCAUAUACAGCGCGGAGUGCGUUCUCGCUAGCCUUGAACUUGCACGGAGGCGGCAUCUUCAGAGAGGCAGCCAUCGUGGAUUUCAACUGACCGUGGUCGCAGACAUGGCUGGUUUGGACUUUAGUUCGCUCGAGAAGGUGGACAUCGUGAAAGAAAGUGAGACGACUGAAGCGAUAUUGAAGCAUGUUCCUCCAGAGAAUGUGCCCAAGGCGCUUGGUGGGAGCAUGCCUUCUGCUGAGGGAGAUGAGUACUGUAGCAACUUGAUUGCUCCUGGAGGGAAGAUACCCGAAGAGAUCAUUGCCAUGACCUUCGCUUCAACGACAGAGGUCUGA